UCCAUAUAUAAUUAAGUUUGUGACUUUUAUCGUGAACUAACAGCCAGAGAGUAGUCAGUCAUAGAAAACUAAACAUCAUCACAACAAUUCCAUUCUCUCUUACCUCUUUCUCUCCUCCACUACCCCUUCCUAACAUCACCUCCUAAUCCUAUCCCAGAAGUAUUGACUCUUCCAUCACCACAAAGUCCAACCAAACUCCAAGAAAUAGCAUGGCGACGAAUAGUCUGACGCUUGAAUCGGUGAGACAUUCAUUGAUAAGACAAGAAGACAGCAUCAUUUUCAGUCUCAUAGAGCGAGCUCACUUCCCCAUCAAUUCUCCUACCUACAGCCAGUCUUACGUUUCAAAUUCCAUUCACACCUUUUCUGGUUCUUUGCUUCGCUUUGUUGUUGAGGAAACCGAAGCCAUCCUAGCUAAGGCUGGUAGAUAUGCAAACCCUGAAGAACAUCCCUUCUUUCCAGAAGAUUUACCACCUUCAGUGGUGCCACCUCACAACUUUGCAAAGUUUUUGCAUCCUCCAGCUGCUUCAAUUAACAUAAACAAGGACAUAUGGGAUACGUAUAUCAAUAAACUGCUUCAGUUGUUUGUUGCACCGGGCGAUGAUGGCAAUUAUGCAUCAACUGCUGCUAGUGACCUAGUGUGUUUACAGGCCCUCUCCAGAAGAAUUCAUUAUGGAAAGUUAGUAGCUGAGGUGAAAUUCAGGGAAUCCCCUCAAGAAUAUGAGCCUGCAAUUCACACUAAGGACAGAGAUACUUUGAUGAAAUUGUUGACAUUUGAGAAAGUAGAGGAGGCAGUGAUGAAGAGGGUUGCUAAGAAGGCCAUGAUGUUUGGGCAAGAAGUGACUCUGAAUAAGGAUGGCAACCUUGGAAAGUACAAGGUUGAUCCAUCAGUAGUUUCUCGCCUCUAUGGGGAUUCGAUAAUACCUCUCACCAAACUUGUCCAAGUUGAGUACCUACUAAGACGCCUUGAUUGAAGCUGUUUCCUUUAUGAAUCAUCCAAUAAUGUGAUGGAGUUUCAAAGGAUUGAAUUUUUCUAAUGAUCAUUGCUUAUUCAAAAAUGAUGAUUUUGAAAUGAGUAUCGUUUUAAAAGCUAGCGAAUAAA